AUAGUCAUUCCCUUUGAGUUUUGACUUUUGGUUCGAGCCUUAUCCUAGAGAGAGAGCAAGCGGAGGAGCACAGGCACAGCACGCUGGGCGCUCUAAAUUUUUCUGAUACUGAAUAAUUAUUGAACAAAGCAAACAAUGGUGUCGACGGUACUUUCAGUUUCCUCGCUGCUAGUUCAGUCUUCUUUCUGCUGCAGUUUUCCUGGCUCGCCGAAACCUAAAAUCUUUGCCAAGCAAAGCCGUGCCCUCGCUCUCAAUUGGUUCUCGUCGCACCGCCGAUUUAACCGGUCCAUUUCCGGUAGAGCACUGCGCUCAGUUUGCUUUUUCAAUGCUGGAGAUAAGUCUAAAGGCGAUCUUCAAGAAAAGGAAACUGGGUUGGACUGGCCCAUUUUGAAGCGAUGGGAUGUGCCCUGGGAAUGGCAAACCGUUUCCUUGACUUCGCUUGCUUGCGGAUUAAGUUUUGUUUUGACAGGGUUGGUAGAGGCAGCGGCUAUACCAUAUCUAGGACUUCGCAUUGAGGAGCUAAGUUUAGACGAGAAGGCAGAGAUACUGUUUUUAGAUCAGGGAAUUACUACUGCAGUUGUGCUUGGAAUUAUGUAUAGCGUUGCCAACACUUUUCAACCACUCCCUGAAGACGUUUUUCGAUAUGAUUGGAGGGAACCUUUUAGUCUACGGAAAGGGUGGCUCUUGUGGGCAGGGUUCGGUCUUGUUGGUGCUCUAACAGCCAUUGCAUUGACAGGAGCUGCCAUGUCCUUUUUCAGUGGUGAGAGCCCACAAAGAGAGACUGAUGCUCUAGUUCGCUUGCUCCCACUAAUCGGAUCUUCAAGUAUUAGCACUGCUUGCUUAGUGGGCAUCACUGGUGUCUUUGCUCCAGUUCUUGAGGAGACUGUGUUUCGGGGAUUUUUUAUGAUGUCCAUGACUAAGUGGGUACCUACACCAGUAGCUGUCAUUAUAAGUGCAGCUGUAUUUGCACUAGCACAUCUCACACCAGGACAGUUCCCCCAGUUGUUUGUGCUAGGGACUGCUUUGGGAUUUUCAUAUGCCCAAACACGUAAUCUUCUAACACCCAUCACAAUACAUGCUUUUUGGAACUCAGGAGUCAUAUUGCUUCUCACAUUUCUCCAGCUUCAAGGCUACGAUAUCAAGGAAUUGCUGCAAGCAACCUGAUAGGGAUUUUCGUUGAUAUUGAAGCUUGUGCAGACUACUCUCUUAAGGUUUAUUUACCAUGGAACCGUACAGAUUUUUGUCCCCCCCUCCCGUCUUUGUUUUAUAUAUACACCCACACUUAUCUCCUUUCUUCAUUCUUUGUUGUACAAGUGAUCAAGACUAGGAGAACAACUGACGGAAGCUAGUGAAUACAUUCUAAAAGUUGGUUCUUCAA